AAAGCAUAAUCAAUCAAAGCAUAAAUUACUAGUCUUGAAGCAUUUAUCACCUUUCAACAAAUAUGGCUUAUUACUACAACCCAUCUUUCUUCUUGUUAUUGUUUGUCACUUUGUUUUUAACGAGUGAUUAUGUAAUUCAAGCAGACGCUCGUCAUCUUCUUGAAAUAACUCUGCCUGAGCUUCCUAAGCCUGAAUUGUCAAAUUUACCUGAAAUUCCAACUUUGCCUAAGUCCGAGUUCCCUGUAAUUCCAAAACCUGAGCUACCAACUCUACCAAAGCCCGAAUUGCCAAAAAUCUCAAAGCCCGAGUUACCAACAUUGCCAAAGCCCGAACUUCCAGCAUUGCCAAAACUCGAGAUACCUGUUAUUCCUAAGCCUGAAUUACCAACUUUGCCAAAGCUAGAAAUCCCUCAAGUACCUAAAAAGCCUUGAGCGCGAGGCGUAUAAAAUCAUAUUUGCUUCGUUGAAGCAACAUUGUUAAAUUUUUAACACUAAGAUGUAAUGUGACCAUAUAAUACAUAUGUGUAUGCUUUUUUAUAUAUUGCGCUAGAAUAUUUUGAAGCUUCCCUUUUGGAAGAUAUAUAUUUAUGUGAUUUUUCUAUAUAUCAUCAGUUAUUUGUGUUUCUUCGGCGUUACAUGUAUUUUUAAACUAAUAUUUUGUGUCUAUGGUGAUCUUACUUUAAUUUUA